AUGGCUCAGAUUUCACUAUCAAUAAAAGGUAGAAUUUUUAAUGUAAGUAAAGAUAUACUCUGUGAAUAUAGCGAUUACUUUCGGGCUAUGUUUAGUGGGAACUAUGUGGAAACCAAACAACAAGAAAUUAAAAUAGAUACCCUAGAGCCGGACACGAUGGAACUAAUUUUAAAAUAUAUGCAAAUGGGUUUAAUUGAUCUUUCCGAUCACUCUUUAACGACUAUAGGCGAGAUUGCAAUCGCAGCCAGCUUUCUUCAGAUUACUGAGCUGAUAAAGCAAAUUGAAUACAUAUUGGACCUUCAAAUUUCAGUAUCAAAUUGGAUACAAAUAAUGUCAAUAUCUGAACAAUGUUCUUAUGCCAAGAUAGAAAAGCUAGCAAUUGUGCAUGGACUUUUAUCAUUUCAAAAUAUGAAACCUGAGUAUGUUCCCUCUAUACAUGUACUAGCUUGGUAUUUGUCUCAUCCAUUUUUGGACUCUGAAAGUGAAGGAGCAAUUUUUAAAUUUGGAUAUGAAUGGUUACUUCAUCAUGAAACUGGUGCAGAUGCUUUGUUAAUAAUUUUAGGAUGUUUGGAUAUCAAAAGAAUUACCCCAACAGAGCUAAAAGAAAUCAAGAAACUGGUAAAGGAAUAUGAGAAUAGCUUGGCUGCCAAAGUUGUUGAUUGCUUGUAUGAUUUAUUUGACAAAAACUGGGAAUUGACAUGCAAGAGCUUGCAGGAUCAUAAGACUAUAAUUUGUCAGAACUUUACAGAACGUGUCUAUAAUGAAGUACUGAAUAACAUAAGAAAUAGCUCAGUUCGUAAGCUGUUGUACACUCCCGUAAUACCUAUUUGGAUAUUAAAAGACACAAAACCAGAGUUCUUACCACAUUAUCUGUUCUCUUUCACCCAUGAGAAUAAAUUUCAACAAUGGUUGGAGGUGGCUGAGAAGAAUCUAUGGGGUUGGAGUAUUGUGUCUUGGGGUCCAAGUAAAAUAGUUCUUGUUUGUGGUGAGCAUGGACGAGGCACAGGGAUAUAUAUGAGAGAUGUAAAAGUGUAUGACACUUUGAGAAAGGACUGGAUAUGGCAUGGAGUUCAUCUUCCUCAUAGAAGACAUGCCGGUUGUGCUGUGAUAGAGGAUUCUUUAUAUAUGAUUGGAGGAGUAGGUGCGUUUAGGGUAGUUUUGGACACAGCAGUGAUAUAUGACUUAAAACAGAGAUCAUUUAGGAAAAUAGCUAAAUUCCCAGACUCCAUACAGAAUCCAGCCGUAUGCUCACAUGACAAUAGUAUUUAUGCAGCUGGACAUAAAAAUAUUUACCAAUAUGAAGACCAGGGUGAUAGAAGGGAUCAAUGGAAAACUGUAAUAAGUACCGAGAUAAGAAUGAGCUGUAUGAGGUCCUAUAGAAAAUAUAUAUAUUGUAUACAAAGUUAUUUUAGCAAUUUAUAUAGAUUCAGGCCAGGCAUAGAUAAAAAGCUGGAAUUAAUUACUUGUUUUUCAAGCCCCCCAUCUACUAUGUGCAAUAUGCGUGACAAUCUAGUCGUUUUUACAAGAACUGUGUCCGAUGUAACGUCGGUUGAGGUUUUAAAGGGAGAUACUAAAGAUGAAAAGCCAAAAGUGAUAUACACAGAGAGAGAUACAACGAUAAGAGUGAAUGAAGUCGCUGGUUCCUGUGUCGUUGUUCUUGAAUCUCCUCCAACGGAAUGGGAAGUUUCUCAAUACGUCAGGAGUUAUUUACAACAUUAUAAUGAAUAA